ACCUUCAAGAACUAAUCAGAGAAACGUUGGUUGUUUUUUAUUGUUUGUUUCUCGAUGGUUGAUGAUGAUGGUGGUGACGGCUCUUUCAAGAGACCCGGAGCUGUGCCGUUUAACUGGGAGAUCCGACCCGGUAUCCCCAAGACAGCGACAAAAGAUGAUGUUCCCACUCUCCUUCAACCUCCCAAGAAACUUCAUCCUCUCCGAUUACAACAACUCUCACCUCCGUCUUCUCCCAGACCACGCGCUGUCUCUCCCUUCGCUCCCCCUCCUCCGUAUGUCAAGCCCAAACCACCGUCUGCUUCGGGACCUCCGUCUCCCUAUUGGCGAAGUUCAUCAGCUCGAGGUAAACUCGAAUCCGGUUCUCCUUUGCGGCGGUGGCGUCUUCUCAAGUCAUUGAUCGGGCUGAAGAAGAGUAGUAAGAGCCGCGACGUGAAGAAGAACGGUGAUCAGGAUUCGAUGUCAUCACAAUCUGACGAGUUCUACGAGUCGGGGACGACCUUUUCGCAGUCGGAAGGUUCAAGCAGGGGUUCGGUGGGCACGAGCUGGAGCUCGCCGCAGUCGUCAUUGUCUUCUUCGUCUUCUUCUCUGAAACGUAACGAGUCAGAUCUAAGCUCGUCUGAGAAAAAAGUCAUGUUAAUGAUGGCUCGUGCGCACCUCGGUUAGACCAUGUAAUGUGUACAUUUUUGUCUUUCAUUCAAUAUGUUUUUU